ACCUCCUAUUCACGAUCGAAAUCAACAAACAGUCUCUGAACGUCUGUAUCCGGAUCGCAUUGAUCUCUGAAAUCUGCUCAGCUAGCCGGUCGAAGAAGUUGCAGGUACCAAUGGCUUCUAACAGUGGCGCUAGUACACCUACCGAGGACGGCGGCAGCCCAUUCUCUCCUGCAGCGCGUCUCGGAGUAGACGACGCAUGGACAGGGAAGAGAGGACGCUUCUUUUCCACAGACUCGGCUAAAGAUGUCGGGGCGGACAUGCCUCACUAUCAAGCACAGCAGGCCAGCACUUACCUGGAGCAUCUGAGCCUGCUGGACACGUUUGUCAAACCUAACGUUGUGAGGAACACUGGCAUCAUCUGCACAAUCGGUCCGGCGAGCAACACAGCGGAGACGCUGGUCAAGCUGAUUGAGAAUGGCAUGUGCGUGGCUCGUAUGAACUUCUCUCACGGAGACCAUGAGACGCACGCCACCACUGUUGCCAGAGUGAGAGAGGCUGUAAAGAAGGUCAAAGGUCAUUCCGUGGCCAUUGCCUUGGACACUAAAGGCCCCGAGAUCAGAACAGGGCUACUCAAGGGGGGUGGAUCGGCUGAGGUCCAGUUAGACACGGGACACGUCCUCAAGCUAUCCACGGACGUGAAAUACUACGAGUGCGGCGAUGCUAAUCUGAUCUACAUUGACUACGACAACAUCGUGAAGAUCAUUCUCCCGGGGGAUCUGAUCUACAUUGAUGAUGGUCUCAUAUCUCUCAAGGUCACUGACAAGGGAGCCAACUGGGUCUCCACAGUUGUACAGAACGGAGGCAAGCUAGGCUCACGAAAAGGAGUCAACCUCCCAGGGAAGAAAGUGGACCUGCCAGCCACCUCCGAGAAAGAUAAGCGUGACCUGAGGUUUGGUGUGGAACAGAAUGUGGAUGUUGUGUUUGCCUCGUUCAUUCGUAAGGCACAGGAUGUGCACGAUGUCAGAGCUAUACUGGGGGAGGACGGGAAGCAUAUCCUCAUCUUCUCCAAGAUUGAGAACGAGGAAGGUGUGAUCAACUUCGAUGAGAUUUUGGCUGCCAGUGACGGGAUCAUGGUUGCCCGUGGCGACCUGGGUAUCGAGAUUCCUCCGUCCAAAGUGUUCAUUGCUCAGAAGAUGAUGAUUGGACGAUGCAACAAAGCCGGGAAGGGUGUCAUUGUUGCUACGCAGAUGUUGGAGAGCAUGGUAUCGAAGCCACGCCCCACUAGAGCGGAGGCCAGUGAUGUUGCUAAUGCUGUCCUGGACGGAGCCGACUGUGUCAUGUUGUCAGGGGAAACAGCUAAAGGCAAAUACCCAGUGGAGGCGGUGGCUGUGAUGAGUCGUAUCUGUCAAGAAGCCGAAGCCGCCAUGUUCCACACAGCAAAAUUCAACGAGCUUCGAAGCAUGACCCUAAAACCAUCUCCAACGGUUACGACCAUCGCUAUAGCAGCAGUGGACGCAUCGUUCCAACAGAACGCAGCCGCCAUUAUUACCUUGACAACCACUGGGAGGACUGCCUUUGCAGUGUCCAAGUAUCGACCACGCUGUCCCAUUAUUGCCAUCACCCGGGACCCCAGGACCGCCAGGAUGAGUCACAUGUAUCGUGGUAUCCACCCCCUUCUGUACGAGGAGCCUAAGGAAGGCGAUUGGACGGAUGACGUUGAGAAGAGAUUUCUGGCUGGAAUUGAGCGUGGUCGUCAAGAGGGCUACAUCUGGAAGGGAUCCUGCAUCAUCAUGAUCAGUGGGUGGAGACCCGGCCCUCAUCACAUCAACACCAUCAGAGUGUUCGUGGUUGAGUGAACACUUAGACUACGUGUAAUGACUGCUUAGAAAUUAUUGUGUAGAGCAUAAUAACUAUAAUUAUUAUUAAUAAUUAUAAUAUCUAGUUAUUAGUUGUUUAUUAUGAUUUGUUGAAGAAGUGUGAUAAUAUAUUUGUGUGUGUGUUUGUUUAACUUG